UCAAGUGAUCGCGGAGCUCCAUGGGGACGAAGAGGAGGAGCGGAGGGGCGAUCCUUGGAUCCGUGAUCCGGCUCGCCGCGAUUCUGGCGAUCUUGGCCCCCGUCGCUUCGAUCGACGACAAAUGCGCCGCUUGCAACGCCGUCGCGGCUGAGAUAGAGAUUGGACUUUCUAAUGAGAAACCUAGAAACCAUCUAGAUAUGCGUCAUCGUUUGGAUUCUAGAGGUCAACGUGAAGGAAAAGUAAUUGAUUACAGAGUGAGCGAGUUAAGAGUGGUUGAACUUCUUGAUGGUCUUUGUGAAAAAAUGCAGGAUUACACUCUGGAGAAGUUGGAUUCUGGUGAACAAGCAUGGAUAAAAGUAAGAGAUUGGAACAGCAUUGAAGGCGAUAAGCAAGAAGCACGUGCAUACUCAAAAGACUUAUCCUCCUUCUGUGGAAGGUUGUUGGAGGAAACAGAGGAUCAGCUUGCUGAGUGGAUAAAAAGAGGAUCUGCAGAAUCUGGGGGAGUUAGUAAAGCCCUUUGUCAAGAUCUUACCGAGCACUGCAGCUACUCCAGGUCCUCUAAGAUGUACGAUGGAGAGUUAUAGACAACAAACAAACCACAACCAAAGAUUCUUCAGGAAAUUGUUUCCGAAGAGAUCAUUAUCCAUCUACAUCAACUGUUUGCUGUCAAUGGCUCCUCUUUUUGUGUUCUUUCUCUCUCGCUUUUGGAAAUGAUGAUCGAUACCAAUUUGGCACCUUGUGCACCAUUACCAUUCGCCUGCUCUCGGUGGUAGAUUCCAUAUAAAACGUCUCGGUGGUAAAGUAAUAAGGCAUCACAUAUUUACUUUACCCAGAAUGUGUUCAGGAACGGCACGCUCUUGUGAGACAUUUGGAGCUAUAGGCAGUUUGCAUCGCAAGCAGCUGCAAAUGGAUUUCCUGUCAUGGAGCUAUAUGCAGGUCAAUGCGAGACUAUCUUUCAUCUCUGUUCAGUUCAAUGCAAAAGCUCUAAAACAAGUCCAUCUCCCCUUCAAGCGAGGAAUCUGAGAAAAGAAAAGCAAUCCCCGACACUAAUGAUCAGGAAAUAUAUGCUUGGAUCUCAUAAUAAGCUUAUUAAUGCUUUUGUAACAAAGAACUGCGGUCCCAAAUUCCAACAGAUGAUAAAUUCUCUCUCUCUUAACGCAGGACAGAGGCGUUGCCCCUGAUUUGAUCUUAUGUUGCAGCUUCCAUCUCA